UUCUCCUAGCCAAAGAGGACAUCUGCAUUCUUAAAGCUUAUUAAACCACAACUUCCAGCAUUCCACGCUCUUUCGCCGGGCCUGCCGGAAGUUGUAGUUCAAUGGGCUUCUGAGUUUCCCAUGGUCGCCCCGCGCGCCAGUUCUUCCUCUUCCUAGAAAACGUUGUCUCUAAGCCGAGGCGUCUGAACGAGGGGUGGGGGAGGCGCGCGCUUGCGCGAAUGACGUUGACGUCGCCGCCGGGUUCGGUAUCACGGGUUUCUGCGUGAAGGAGGCGGAGCUCUGGAGAGGGGGAAAAAAACUGGAGCGGGCAGGGAGAGAGGAAGGUCUGGCUGGAUAAGGUGACGGCCGCGGGGUGGGGGGGCAGCCGUGGUAUCCUUCCCCCUGCCCCUCGCCCGCGGGAGUGCCCUGGUCUUUCAGCCGCCGCCUCCUCUCUAUCUCCGUCCCCCGUUCCCCCCACCUCAGCCUGCAGCUUUCGCUUUCCUGUGGGGCGAGGGGCCGCCGGGCCUGCUCCCCGUCUCCCCCUUUCAACGCCAUCCUCCCGUCUUCACCUGUCCAGGGUCAAGGAGCAUCUCGGGUCUCCGGUGAAAAUCGAGAACCUGGACCACACCACCCUUCCUCCUCGGCGGUUUGGGCCUGGAGCCUCCAGUCCGGGGGGAUUCUCCUCCUCCCUUUCUCCCCACACCACUCGCGCGCCUUAAUUCUGCCCCACAGGCUCCCUCCACGAGAAGAACCCUUUCUGCCUUGGCGUCUACCCUUGCCACUAGAGGACAUCUUGCCACUAGAGGCAAUAAAAGAAUUCUAAUGGGAGCACUGUUCUGAAGUUCGGUUUUGCUGGGUGCCAUUAUGGAUGAACAGCAAGCUUUGAAUUCAAUCAUGCAGGAUUUGGCAGUUCUUCAUAAGGCAAGUCGUCCUGCUUUGCCGCUUCAAGAAAUGGGAAAGGGAAAGUUAAUUUCACCCAAAAAACAGAAUGAUGUACGAGUCAAAUUUGAACAUCGAGGAGAAAAAAGAAUCCUACAGUUUUCUAGACCUAUCAAGCUCGAAGAUCUUGCAUCAAAAGCUAAAGUUGCCUUUGGACAGUCCAUGAAUUUGUAUUACAGCAAUAAUGAGCUGGUAAUUCCAUUAGCUAUCCAGGAUGAUCUGGACAAAGCUGUGGAGCUCCUUGAUCGCAGUGUUCACCUGAAGAGCCUCAAGAUACUGCUUGUUGCUCAUGGAAACACACAGAAUAACAUGGAUCCCUUGUCAUCAUUAGAAGAUUUGGAUAAUACAGUUUUCAGAGUAACAGAAAAGAAAAACAGGAAUUCUGUAAUAGGCUAUACUCGUGACAGCAGUUCUCCUCCUCCAGGAUACAUUCCAGAUGAUCAUGUGGCACGGAAUGGAUCAUUCACUAGUAUCAAUAGUGAAGGCGAGUUCAUUCCAGAAAAAGACUUAAUGUUGGAUCCAUUAUCACUGAGUAGCCCUGAAAAUUCUGGCUCAGGAAGUUGUCCUUCACUUGAUAGCCCUUUAGAUGGAGAGAACUAUCUUAAGUCCCGGAUGCCAAGAGCUCAGAGCUAUCCUGAUAACCAUCAAGAAUUCUCUGAUUAUGACCUCCCAAUAUUUGAAAAGUUUGUCAAAGGUGGAACUUAUCCUCGGUACCAUAUUUCAUACCAACAUCAAGAAUACAAUGAUGGUCGUAAAACUUUUCCAAGAGUUAGAAGGACUCAAGGAAACUGCUUACGCACUCCAGUAAGUUUCAGCCCAACUGAUUAUUCAUUGAGCACAAGCAGUGGGAGCAGCAUUUUCACUCCAGAAUAUGAAGAUGGACGAAUGCGGAGAAGAGGAAGUGAUAUAGAAAAUCCUACCUUGACCGUAAUGGACAUCAGUCCUCCCAGCCGCUCCCCACGUGCUCCAACUAAUUGGGUACUUGGUAAACCGCUUGGCCAAGGUGCAUUUGGUAGAGUUUAUCUAUGCUAUGAUGCAGACACAGGACGAGAACUAGCUGUUAAACAAGUUGAGUUUGAUCCUGACAGCCCAGAGACGAGUAAGGAAGUAAAUGCCCUUGAAUGUGAGAUUCAGCUUCUGAAAAAUCUGCUACACGAAAGAAUUGUUCAGUAUUAUGGCUGCUUAAGGGACCAUCCGGAAGGAACACUUUCUAUAUUCAUGGAAUAUAUGCCAGGGGGCUCAAUUAAAGAUCAGUUGAAGGCAUAUGGUGCUCUCACAGAGAAUGUGACUCGGAAGUAUACUCGCCAGAUCCUGGAAGGCGUUCACUAUUUGCACAGUAACAUGAUUGUACAUAGAGAUAUUAAAGGAGCAAAUAUUCUUCGUGACUCUGCAGGCAAUGUUAAGUUGGGUGAUUUUGGUGCCAGCAAACGGCUUCAAACAAUUUGUCUAUCUGGUACGGGAAUGAAGUCUGCUACAGGAACUCCAUACUGGAUGAGUCCAGAAGUGAUUAGUGGAGAAGGAUAUGGAAGAAAAGCAGAUAUUUGGAGUGUAGGCUGUACAGUUGUUGAAAUGCUCACUGAGAAGCCACCCUGGGCAGAAUUUGAAGCAAUGGCUGCCAUUUUUAAAAUUGCCACACAGCCAACCAAUCCCCAGCUGCCACCUCACGUCUCAGACCACGGUCGGGAUUUUCUAAAGCGGAUAUUUACUGAGGCUAAGUUGCGACCAUCUGCAGAUGAACUGCUGAGACAUACAUUUGCACAUUAUCACUGAUGGCCUGCCUCAAUCCCUUUCACCUACUGCAUUUUUUACUGCACUUUUUUUUAUACAGAGUUGAAAAAAGACAAGGGAGAAGUUAUUUCUCUUGAUUCUUUCUUUCAUAUAAAAUUGUUAAGAUCUCUCUGCAUAUUUAGAAUGCAGACUUUUUCCCAUUUAGAAUCUCCUUUGUUUCAGUAAUGUACUGAUGUGGUUUGCAUAAAGCACUUUAGUACAUAUUCAUUCCUAUUUAAGAGGGUAAAGAAUUUAUUUGGACCAUCAGGAAUCAUGUAUAAGACUUCCCCAUCUCUAUUCCCUUAGCAAGCACUGCUAAUUAACUCCCAAGGCUGGGAAGAUAUACAUGUCACUAGCAGAUUCAGAAAAACAGUAUAUAUCCAGUGGUUGCGGUGUAUAAAUAGAUAACAAAGAACUCUCAAUUAUAUUUGAGCUUUGAAAUAAGUUUCAUCUGUGAUUCUGGAAAUUCAUUUAGAAGCUAGAAUCUCAGGUUGCUGAGCAAGGUACAUUUUGGAAAAUAAACCAUCAUAUUAGCACAAAAAUGUAAACCAAAUAAGUGUUUUUUGCUUUGAAGAUAAGAAGCCUGUUGUUUAAUAGUGCUAGUGCAUUAAUGUCGUAUAUCCAGAAUCAUAGAUAAACAGAUUGCUGUAGUAUCAGACUUCUCUAAAGUUAAACAAUGUCCACGUAUCAUGCAACAAACUGAUUUUCAGGGUUGGAAAGAAUUGAUCUGUGAGGAGUCUCUAAUGGGUAGAAUGAAAUUUAUUUCAUGCAACAUAAUUCUGUUCAUAUUAAUUAAGAAUCCGUUCCAUAUUCUUUCUUCUGUCCCAAUUAUUCUUCUGAUUCCCUAAAAUAUUUUAUAAGAUCCAGGUUUUUUUCUCUCUACUGUGAGUUUUAUCAUAAAGUACUUAAGGUAGAAAAAUGGCCAGUGUCAAAAAUAUAGUUUCUCUUUCUGCUGCUGCUGAACUGAAUUCUGUGUCUGAGAUGCAUAUUUUAUUUGUCAAAUCUCCUUGCUAAUUUGCACUGGGCUGACCAUGUGGGAAUUAUCUUUGUGGGUUGCAAAUGCCUUAUUAAUUUGCGUUGGAAAAGCAAGUUUGGUAGAAUGAGAUCUGGAAGUUCCCAUGUGUAUCUGUACCAUAUAAUUCAGUUACAGCUGAAGACGAAGGAAGACAUAAUACAAAUUGAAAAAAAGACAUUUUCACUCCCAAUUGUUUUUUUAAAUUUAUUUAUUUAUUUAGUUGUUUUACUUUUGAUUUGAUAAUAAAUGAAUAAUCAGAUUUGGGAUUAUUAUCCCAAUUGUUUCAACCCAUAUUUGGACAUGUAUUAACAAUAGAACUGUAGAAUGUAUGUUUGCUGGCUGGCCCUUUAGGAUAUAUCUAGCACCAAACAAUAAUAUAACUGGAAAAUGGGAAAGAUGCUUCCAUUUUCCAGGAGUGGUGUUGUAAACAUUACUAUUAAUUGUUUCCUAGGCUUUCUGCAAAAUGUCCAAAGCAAGUCAAAUUAUAUGAAGAUAAAUAGAUACCAUAAUGAUGCUAUUAAACCUGACCAACAAUGACAUAUAAAACAUGUUACAUAGGUAUGAAUCAUAAACCACAUAUACAACAAUAUAAAAGUGUGUAUGUGAUUUAUGAUUCAUGCUUACAUAAUGCUCCUGGCACCUUAAUCAUGACUUGGUAACCUGAAUUUAUGUCUUUAUUUAUUGUUAAAAUAAGUUCAGAUAGAUAAAGCCUGUACUUUUGGAAAGCAUCUCUUAGACAUGCUGAAGAGAAAUAGGCAGCCCUGAUCCAUAUAGUCUUUCCCCAACUAAAAUGUAAUUUCAACACCAGAUCACCAAUAAAUAGAAAUGUAUUUUUUCCAUUUUUAUAGAACUAGGGACAUCUUUUAAUCUUAAUAUCCCAAAACCAACAACCACCAAAGAAUUGUACAAAUAAUAAUCCUAGCGUUAUACAUUUUGGUGGUGUUGCUGCCCCGUUGAUUGCAGCAAUAAGCUGCAGCCAUUAAAUAGGGCUUUUGUUAUUGGAAAUUGACCAUAUGUUGUUAAAAGUACAUGGAAUAUUGCUUAUGCAUUAGUCUAUAGUUGUAAGAGAAUUUAAAUUGGAGUAGCAAAUGUGGCUUGAACAAAAUUGACGCAAAUCCUCUUUAAAAAUAUACAACCUAUUAAUUGAGUUGUUUUCUAAGGGUCUUAAUUUUUGACUUUUGAAAGUAACAGAAAUGUUUCUAUAAGGAGGUCAGGUUUAUUUUUCUAAAGGUGUACUUAAAAUUUAAAAUAACAUGUAAAAAGGAAUCAUCAUCGUCAUGACUCCUUUCCUGUAACCCUUCAGUCUGUUAUGGUUCUGUACAGAGCUGUGUUAUCCUACAUCUGAGUACAGGCUGUCUUUUUCUGGACCCUGUAAGAAAGCUCUGUAAGAGUCUGAAUUUUCUAAACUGCUAUCAAGCUGUAGCUAUGCAAAUUAUGUAAAACAUGAAAAUUUCCAACACUUGGUCUCAAGUAGACUAAAAGAAGAGACAACAAGAGAAGUCCUCCUCCCACAUUUAUCAAAAUGUAUAUGUAUAUUUAAUAGUUUUACCAAAGUUCUGUGCUCUCUCAAUUAACAGGGCUUUGAAAUGUUUAAAAUCUAGCAGUCAGACAAUCAUUGCAGCCUCUGGGUGACCUCUGAACAGCGCUGUUGCACCAGUUCAAAAUUGUUGAAUGAAAAUAUUUGUUCGUGCAGACUAUUUUGAAGACCAAAUUUAACCUUCCACUUAUUUCAGAAGGUAGUAUCUAAAACAACUUAAAUGCAUUAAGGAAUAAAUUACACUGAAUGCAGGGAUACAUUUUCUUUUUAGUAAAUAUGCGUUGGAUUAAGUUGUUGGAUUUUUUCCCCUCCAAAUCUGAAGCAGAGCCUUAAAUUAUUUUUUGCAGGGAGACAGGAAUCAAACUCCAUCCAGAAAUUUCUAGCUUAAAGGGCAACACUAAUCAGCUAUACUUUUAAACAAAUAUACAAAGUCCUGUUUCAGCUGUAAAACAUGAACUGAUACUGUUGGAAUAGAAUCACUGGCUGCCUCUCCUUGCUCUUUCACUAUGUAAAUAAUAGCUUGUUUAUGGUGCUUUUCUGCUAUAAUUCAAUCUUUCUUGGAUCGGCUUUAUCCCACCAUGCCUUUUGGGAGUUUAGAAGCUUAGGGCAGUGAGUUCUUAAAAUUAUAUUAGGGCAGCGAGGGCGAUUGGCUCGGCAUGCCAAAAAUUCAGAAAAUGCCAACAUUGACUUUGGUGGCAUGUCACAUUUCCCCUCCUUCCCCAGUCAGAGAGGCCUGUCUUGACUCUCCUCUAGAUUCUCCUCAUCCUGUGAAAGUACAUAAGAGAGCCCUGCUCUUGGAGGGCCCCUGAAGCCUCAAAAAAAAUCACCCGAGAGCAUUCUUGUGUGAUUUUCUGAGGCCCCAGAGGCCCUCCAAGAGCAGGGCCUUCUUAUGCAACUCCUAGAAGGUCUGGAGGCCUGAUGUAUCAUCAAAAAUGACAUGUCAUAUCAUAGGCUAGUUAUCAUACUAAGGUCUUUUAGGAGUCUGGCACAGCGCUAACCUGAUUAUCAACAGGUCUGAUGUUCACAUGAUGUAGGAUACUGUGGUAACAACUGGGACAGAGGGUAAAUGUGAUUAUGUAGAAACUUGACUUCUUAUCCCUGAUUGGGAUGUGAAAUAUGUUUUUUAUACAAAAUAGAAAGUGCUGACAUCAAUUGAACUUUGGAAAAGGCUAGUUUCUUUUGAUAAUUUAUUAAACAAAAGCAUAAGAAUAACCCAUGAAUGUGUGAAUCCCCGAAAUACAGAAGUAAUGUGAAAUUUGCAGCUCUAAAAUAUUUGAAAGUAAUAAGGCCUUAAAAUGGAUAAAAUUCUAUGGAGUAGAUAGGUAUGAGAGCACUCAGUAUUAUGUGAAGGAGCAAAAAUAUAUAUUAGGUGGCUUAAAUUCAUGCAGAACAAGAAAUGUAAGAGACAAUACUUUUUGCUAAUAAAUUAGAAAAAAACCCAGAAAUGUAGACAAUUAGAAUUUAAUAUAUUCUGAACAGGAAUAAUUUUGUGAUCAAGUUGUUGGAAUAUGGAUGAGUGUAGGAGUUGCUUUAGGGGAAAAAUGGUGAUACAAUAGCCCUUUGCCUUUCUAAAGUUAUGUGCAAUUUAAAAUAUAUUCCUUAUCAAAAUAACUGAAUUAUAAGAUUUAUUCUGCUGUGUAUAUUUUACAUAUAAUUUCUAUACAGAACAAUUUACAAUGACCCUAAACCUAUAUUUUAAGUGUGUUUAUAUUUGAAGUAGCAUGGGAGAUUUCUAUCCAUGCUAUUUUUAUUCUAGGGAGCUAAAGAUACACUAGGGACCCAUAAAAUGCAGAUGGCAUUUCCAUUUUAUUUUGUGCCUUGUUUAAACUUUUGCAUAAGUUUAGUCUGAGUACUUCUAUUACCAAAAGGUAAUAAUGUGAUCUUUAAAUAUAAUUCUAAUGCAAGUUAAGAAUUAUAAAAUCUUGUAAUGUCCAAAGAAGUAUCUUGAAAGUAGGCAGAGUCCAAAAUUGUAGAUAACUUGCCCAAAUUGCAGGAUACUUUGUGCUCCUCAAAUCCAUAGUGUGGCUGAGGGAGAAAGGGGAAAAAACAACAACAGCAGAGUACGACUGAUAGCUGUGCCUUCUUUUAAUAUUGUGUUUUGUGUUGACAAUGACAAUAUAAAAGUGUUUCAAAAAAAGGAUGGAUAUAAAGAAGUUUCCCAAUCACUUCUAAUACCAGCUUUAGUGGAGGGAGGUAGCUCAGUUAUUAAUGAUUUACCUUUAAGCCACAAGGGACAGUUCCCAGCAAUUUGGCAUGAAGUUAUUGAAGUACACAUCCAGUUUUGAUAUGAAUUUGUAAAUAAAGUUUACAAAACAAAAGCAUAGUGAUUGACAGCAAACUUGCUGUUGUAAUUCAAGCCAAAUUUUGAUCAUUUUAAUUACAUUUUCCUUGGACUUCAUCAAAUGAGGCUGGGGACAGCUUAUGUGAUUAUAGGCAAAAGUUUUCUAACUAGAAACUUCUAAUAAAUAUAUCAAUUAAGCUAGAACUAAAACACUAAUAUAAAAAUACUUACGUUUCUGAAUAUCUAAAGUGAUAAUUUAGAAUCCUUCAAAGCUUGCCAAUACAAAUUGUGUCUGUUGACAGUGAUUUGUAACCUUUUAUUUUUAGUCUUAGAAUUUCAAAAGUAUAAACAUAUAAGAUCAUGGAACAAAAGCUAUAUAUUCUUUAUAUUAUUAAAAUGAUUAUGAGAAAAUGGUAUGGGAAUAUGUCACAUUCAAAUAAUUAUUCUAAAAAGAAACUGGAAACACAAGGGAAAAUUUAAUAUCCCUCAGAGCUGAGUAGACAUAAGCUA